CUCACCAUAGAACCACACGUGCUGUAAACGUUUGGAGUGGCUGCAUGCAUCACAUCUCCGACAGUUGUUAGCGCGCUGAAAUAUUACUGUAGAAGGAAAAAAACACAACCCGCGUCUUGUUGCCUUUUCAUAUCCAGGGGAAAGAAGAAUUCCUCCGUGAAGCAUUUCGCCGAGAGGGCCGGAAUAUCAGAAAAACAACUCAUCAUGACUGAAGCACAAGUGAACCCGAAGGCCUACCCGCUGGCCGACGCCACGCUGACCAAAACCAUCCUGGACCUGGUGCAGCAAGCCUCCAACUACAAGCAGCUGCGGAAGGGAGCCAACGAGGCCACCAAAACCCUGAACAGAGGCAUCUCCGAGUUCAUCGUGAUGGCCGCUGAUGCUGAACCACUGGAGAUCAUCCUCCACCUUCCACUGCUCUGUGAGGACAAGAACGUCCCGUAUGUGUUUGUCCGCUCCAAGCAGGCCCUCGGUCGGGCCUGUGGGGUGUCACGCCCCGUCAUUGCUACCUCGCUCACCAUAAAGGAGGGGUCUCAGCUCCAGCCACAGAUUCAGUCUGUCCAGACGGCUAUUGAGAGACUGCUCGUUUGAGUUUUGUCGCACUGUUGUGCCGGCGUCUCCUGAAGAAAGGGGAAGAUGGAUUCCAAUACGAAAAUAAUCUUGUUUUCUGUUUUAUUAAAAACUGUAGUUUAGCAUGAAAAGGAAAUUGAGCUGUAAUUUUGAUUUCUAAGACAUUGCAUUCACUUCAGUGUAUCAUUUUUGUAAUGGCAUCGCUUGGUUCCUAAUAAAAUGUAAUUUUUUUUUUACUUAAAA